GUUUUACUAGUUUACGAGUGUAUGAGAGUCGAACAUAACCUCGAGUUCCUUCGAAAAUAAAUAUCAGUAACAUUUUCCAUUUUCCAUUUUCAAUCAUGGCAAAUUCGUCGGCAAACGUAACUGUGUCGAGCAUUUUGAAGAAUAAGAGCUCAUUCGAGGAUGAACCGCGGAAGAAGAGCAGGGAAGACUGGCGAAAGGCAAAGGAGCUCGAGGAGGCGAGGAAGGCCGGUACUGCUCCCGCUGCCGUCGACGAGGAGGGUAAAGACAUUAACCCGCACAUUCCGCAAUACAUCAGCGCGACGCCAUGGUACUUCGGCGCUCAGGGUCCCACCCUGAAGCAUCAGAGACCGCAGCCGGAGAAGCAGAGGCAGUUCAGUUCCAUAGACGAGUGGUAUAAUCGCGGAGUGGACUCCGCGCGGGUGGCAAUCAAGUAUCGUAAGGGCGCUUGCGAGAAUUGCGGCGCGAUGACUCACAAGAGGAAAGAUUGCAUGGAGAGACCGCGCAAGGUCGGAGCGAAAUAUACGAAUUCAAAGAUAGCACCGGAUGAAUUUACUCAGCCUGAGCUCUCUAUGGAUUACGACGGUAAGAGAGACAGAUGGGCUGGUUACGAUCCCUCCGAGCAUAGAGCGAUAGUGGAGGAGUAUCAGAAGAUAGAAGAAGCCAAGAGGCAAAUGCGUGCCGACAAACUCGAUGCGGAGGAGGAGAACGACGAGCAAGAUUCAGACAAGGAUGAGGAUAAGUAUGUAGAUGAAGUGGACAUGCCUGGUACAAAGGUGGACUCCAAACAGCGCAUUACUGUAAGAAAUCUGCGAAUUCGAGAGGACACUGCUAAGUAUCUGCGCAAUCUAGAUCCGAAUUCUGCGUACUACGAUCCAAAGACUAGAUCUAUGCGAGAUAAUCCAUAUACCGGUACAGAGCGAGAGGUAGAUUACAAGGGCGAAAACUUUGUACGCUUUUCCGGAGACACGCAACAACAUGCCAAUGCGCAAUUGUUCGCUUGGGAAGCCCACGAGAAAGGAGUCGACGUACAUUUAUUGGCCGAGCCUACGAAACUGGAAUUAUUAAAGCAGGAAUACGAUAAGAAACGCGACGAGUUGAAGGAUAAGGCGCGCGACAGUAUAAUAGAGCGUUAUGGAGGUGAGAAACAUCUCAAAGCAUUACCAAAGUCUUUGUUAUUGGCACAGACGGAGCACUAUGUCGAAUAUUCGAGAUACGGUAAGAUAAUUAAAGGACAGGAUAGACAGGUGAUACGAUCCAAGUACGAAGAAGAUAUUUACCCAAACAAUCAUAUGUCAGUUUGGGGUUCCUAUUGGCAGGAUGGAAAAUGGGGCUACAAGUGUUGCUAUUCCUUCAUUAAAAAUUCCUAUUGCACCGGGGAGUCUGGAAAGAGAGCAGCAGAGGCAAUAAACGAUAGCUCGACACUGGAUAAAGUACCAUCCGUGAGAAAUGAAAUGGAAGAAACAAACUCUAAACUAGACAACACGGUGGUGAACGACAAUCGUUCUUCCAGCAGCGAAUCUUCGUCCGAAGAUGAAGAUACGGGAAAAACUAAAACAGAAAAGCAAAGUAAAGCGGCUAAGCGAAAAUUGAAGAAACAAAAACGGAAGGAAAGCCGCAAGAAUAAGAAACAAAAUGAAGAGAAACAAGAUGAGGACAAACUGAAGGAAGCAUUGAGAAAAGAAGAGGAAAAUGCGAGGAAGAUGGAGAAGCUAUUGAAAAUGAGCGAGAGGAAACGUCCCUACAACAGCAUGUAUGAGACAAAAGAAUUGACUACCGAGGAGAUAGAAGCAUAUCAAAUGAAACGUAAACGCGACGAAGAUCCAAUGGUCCAUUUUCUUUCAAAAUAAUAUUACCAAGUUAUUCUUAGGAAUAAAAAUCAAAUUAAUGUAUAUUUAUAUGUAUAUAUACAGUCUACGAUAUUAUUCAUCUUAUUUGAUGAGAAUAGAAGAGAUUUUAUGUAAAAUAUUAAUGUAUAAUUUAG